AUGUUGCUGUAUGUGCUCCUGACAGUACUCCUGCUUUGUGAUGUUGCCUAUGCCUGUGGUCGUGCAGAAUAUAGAAUAGGUGACGAGUGCUGCCCUAUGUGUGGUCCUGGUAACAGAGUCUACAAACACUGUACAGAGUACACCAGUACCUCAUGUGUGCCUUGUGUUGGGGAAACUUUCAUUGAUCAACCCAGUGGUCUCAUUGAGUGCUUUCGCUGUGCAGUCUGUGACAAAGGCCUUGAGUUAAAAAUAGGAAAAGCUUGCACUCCCACCUCAAACACAGUGUGUGGCCCUCUGGAUCAGCACUUCUGCACUGAACGGGACAGGAAGGGGAGCUGCACCAGAGCAGAACGACGCACAGUUUGCAAGCCUGGACAAUUCAUCAAACAGAACGGAACAGCAUCCACUGAUACCAUAUGUGGAGAUUGUUCCGAUAAAACCUUUUCAGAUGGCCUGUCUACAAACUGCAAACCGCACAGAGAGUAA